AUGGACGAAGCGCGAGAUACCCCAACACCUCUAAAACAACUAGCUCAGUAUGAGAGAGUGAGAUUCAACGAAGGCUUGCACGGAAAACGAACAAGAUACAUGGGGUUUUCUCAAGAAGCUGACGACGCUUGGAACGAGCUGCAAGAAGUUGGAAUUGUUCGUCUGUCUCCUGAGGAGCAGAUGAGCAUGGAGGUCAAGUCCAACCCAGACAUAGAAAAAAAGGAUUACACCGUGUACGCUGUCGGUAUGUGGCACGACAUACACUGCCUAGUCAUUGUCUCGAUUACCUCCGUCAGGUGGCUCUUUGCCGUGGCUCAUUGGAUCUCGUGGCAUGGCACAUCCUGGAAGACGGAGACCGACAACCCAAAUAUGACCAAGCUCAAGUAUGCCACAAGUAUGAGCCUCUUCGGGAUUGGGCAAAUCUUCACCGAGCUGGAAACUCAUCUCAGGUGGGAAUUCUCACGGUAG